GGGAGCUCUCAUCGGGCCCCCGUCCGCCACUCACACCGCGCAACCGCUGAGGAUAACGAUGCUGGUGCGAUGUCGACCAACCGGAAGGAUUCCUAACCCCCUGUCGGCUUCAAACGCGCGACUUUUCCAGAAAUUACACUACUUCUCCAAACUACUAAUUGCAUGUCAUUCAUCAUUAUGGAAUGUCUUUGGAGCAAAGUUAUCCUUUUCACUCUGGCUAUACAUUCGUCAUUCUGUGAGGGUGACGACGCUUCGUGUGACGGAGCCUUCGAUGUUUAUUUUGUUCUGGACAGGUCCGGCAGUGUGGCGGGGCACUGGGGAGACAUCUACGGCUUUGUGGAGCAGCUCACCAACAGGUUUGUCAGUCCCCGGAUGAGGGUGUCCUACAUUGUCUUUUCAUCCAGAGCUGUCGUCAUACUGCCGCUGACAGGAGACAGUUCUGAGGUAAAGGAGGGUUUGACUAAGCUGAGCCAGAUCAGACCUGCUGGUGAAACCUACAUGCAUGAAGGAAUGAAAGCGGUGUUAGAGCAGAUGAGGACUCAGACCUCCAGGUCCUCCAGCAUCAUCAUUGCUCUGACUGAUGGCAAACUUGAGAUCUACCCAUAUGAGCUUACUGUGCAAGAGGCCAACAAAGCUAGGGGGUACGGUGCUACAGUGUACUGUAUCGGAGUCAUGGACUUUGACCAUAAACAGCUUGCUGACAUUGCGGACAGUGCAGAUCAGGUCUUCCCCGUGCGGUCUGGCUUCCACGCCCUCAGAGACAUCGUGGACUUGAUUUUGAAACAGUCGUGCAUAGAAGUCUUCAAAAUAGAGGUGCCACGUGUUUGUGUGAAUGAAUCUUUCAGCAUCGUAAUAAGGGGGCGAGGCUUCAGCAGAGCCAGGAGCUCGGAGGGCGACAUACUCUGUACUCUGACUGUCAACCAGAACACAUAUGACCAUAAGCCUACAGUGGUUAAGGACGGCUAUCUGCUGUGCCCAGCGCCGGUCCUCACUGAGGCUGGACAGUCUCUAGACGUGCUGGUCAGCCUAAACAACGGACAGUCCUACAUCUCCAGCCCCGUCACCAUGUACGCCACCGAAUGUUCAGAUGCAACCUGGGUGUUGUGGUUACUGCUGAGUUUGUUCCUGUUACUGACUUUGGGUCUACUGUGGUGGUUCUGGCCUCUCUGCUGCACAGUGGUAAUAAGAGACCCACCUCCCUCUCGUCCUCCACCCCCUCGCCCUGUGACGGAGCCAGAGAAGGAGCCUUUACCCAAACACAGAUGGCCUACGGUGGAUGCUUCUUACUAUGGAGGCAGGGGGGCAGGUGGGAUCACACGCAUGGAGGUGCGUUGGGGUGAGAAGGGUUCCACCGAAGAGGGCGCACGUUUAGAAAAGGCUAAAAAUGCAGUGGUAACUAUGCCCCUGGAAGUGGAAGAGCCUGUUAUACCCAGACCCCCACCGAGACCAGCCCCCAUAUACAACCACCCACAGCGCUCCACUUGGUACACGCCCAUCCAGGGGCGGUGUGAUGCGGUGGUGGCCCUACUGAGGAGACAGUACGACCGGGUGGCUAUCAUGAGACCCCUGCCACAGGACAAGGGUCGCUGCAUCAACUUCACCAGAGUUCAGAGCCACUGAGACUCCAAUCAACAAGGGGGAGAAGAGCGGGGGGGGGGGGCA